AGUCGAAUCGGGCCAUCGCUCGGGAUCCCUAAGUUAUAUAUAUUUAAAUUGAUCUAAAGUUUAAAUAACUUUAAUUCUUUAAAUCUCAAAAUGCGUUCUUGCGGUCCGAGUUUAAUUAAAUAUGUCUUAUUCGCAUUUAAUGUGCUGUUUGCGAUCUCCGGCCUGGGAAUUCUUAUAGCUGGUGCCGUUGUCCUGGCCGAUGUGAAUGAAUUCAAUCACUUUGUCGAGGGUCGAGUCCUUGCGCCGCCGAUUGUCCUCAUAGUCACGGGCCUGAUCAUAUUCCUGAUAGCUUCGCUGGGCUGUUUCGGAGCGAUCAAGGAGUCACCAACGCUUCUAAUUACGUUCGCUGUCCUUCUGGCCGUCAUCUUCAUUGUGGAGCUGGCCGUCGGUAUUGCGGCCAGCGUUUUCAAGAAGGACUUGGAGGGAAUGGUGAAGAACUCGCUGCAGGAGUCCAUCAAGCGAUCGAACAGCGAAGACACCAUGGCCUGGGACAACAUCCAGCAGAAGCUGAUGUGCUGCGGAGUCGACUCUCCGGCGGACUGGAGGACACUCAGUGCGAACAAAACGCUGCCGGGCAGCUGUUGUCAGCCGCAGUUCAUCGACACGACCGUGGGUCACUGCCUGGACUCACCGGCUCUCGGCAAGGAUAAGUACUUCCAGGACGGUUGUGUUGGCAAGCUCAAGGAUCGGAUCGAGAAGAACGCCAUCAUCCUGAUCGGUGUGGGCAUUGGCAUUGCUUUUAUCCAGAUUUUGGGCAUCGUUCUGGCCUGCUUUCUGGCCAACUCCAUUCGACAGGAGAGGGCCAAGUAAUAGCCAUCGAUAGCCAUAAUUGAUAGCUGUCUAAUUAUAGUUGAAAUUCUUUCACCGUUGAAUUCUGCUCAAUUUACAUUACCCUAAUCCAUUAAACUUACCCUCAACAUCGAAGGAUAUACACACACAUAUAUGAAAAACGCAACAACGCAUAUCAGAUUAAAUCAUUUUUCAGUUUCCAAAUGUUACUUUCAAAACCCAAUCUAUCUUAUUGUUUUCCAAAAUCUAUCUUUUAUAAUGCAUUUUUGUAAAAACAACCUUUUCUUCAUCUGCGACCGAAUACAUGGAAAAUUGUUGCUUUGUAAUAUCGAAUAAAUAUUAUGCAUAUUUAUCAAUAAAUAUUACCCAAAAAGUU